AUCAUAUACGCCAUCCUUCCGCCGUCGUCUUGUUCUUCCAAUUGCAACCUCAGAGCGGCAUCGCGUGUUUUGUGUGCUUCGCCAGACUGUCCUUUACGACCACCGAGCUCUUUCAGUCGCCGUCUCAAUGCAUCGUGUCGUUUCCAAAGCGUUGAGGACGAGCCAUAGAACCACUGUCCGCGCGUCGCUGUUCCGCGCUGCUGCACUGAAGCGAUCCUUUGCGACACCUACGAGAUCGUCGCAGCCUGCUGCCCAUGAGCCCUUGAGAUCCUCCAUGUUCUUCCGUCGCCUGCCUACCGCGCUGGUAUCCAGCAUCGUUGUCGGCUACGGCGCCUGGUACUCAUACAACGGCGGCAACGUCACGCUCUCUACGCCUGCUCUGGCUCGCAGCUUGGUGUCUAACCAGGGGCAGCAAACACCAGUAGAUACUACGCCUGCCUUGCCUACGAGAACGGUUCUUGUUGUGGGCGCCGACGAGCUACGCCAGGGAACGAUUGUCGGAGAGGAUCCUAUCUCAAAGUACACAACUGGCGACGAUCGCCGAAUCGUGGAGAUGCUUACACCCGAUCAAGCGACCGAGAAGCUGAGGAAGUUGGAGCAGUCUUUCUCUGUUAAUAGAGGGCAGGGUGUUACUAGAUACGAUCUGGUCCAAUUACCUAGCAACGACCCCAUUGAGGAUGACCACGCGGAGAAGAUUGUCGAGGUGCCUACCCGGGGUAAUGGAAAGAAUGACUGGAUGUUCUGGGGAGUCUUUGACGGUCACUCCGGCUGGACUACGUCUGCCACGCUUCGGGAGAGCCUGAUCAACUAUGUGGCUCGCGAACUUAACGAAACCUACAAAGCUGCCGGUGAGGUUGCUCCCGCUGAUGAAGCUAUCGACAAGGCCAUCCGAAGUGGCUUCACAAAUCUCGAUAAUGAAAUCGUGCACAAGAGCGUUGAGAAGGUGUUCAAGGGCAGCUCCAAGGCUGUUGCCGCCGAACUCCUCCAGCCAGCCCUCUCAGGGUCUUGCGCCUUGCUUUCAUUCUACGACACACAGAGCAAGCUGCUCCGCGUAGCCUGCACUGGCGACUCCAGAGCUGUUCUGGGAAGACGCUCUGAUUCUGGCAAAUGGACUGCCACUGCGCUGUCUGAGGACCAGACUGGCGGUAACCCCAACGAGGCCGCUCGCAUGCGCAAGGAACACCCUGGCGAAGAGAACGUUGUACGAAAUGGUCGCGUUCUGGGCGGUCUGGAGCCAACACGAGCCUUUGGUGAUGCUGUUUACAAAUGGAGCCGUGACACAGCGUACAAGCUGCGCGAAAACUUCUUUGGCCGCAGCCCAUCACCGCUACUCAAGACGCCCCCUUAUGUUACAGCUGAGCCUGUCAUUACUACCACCAAGGUCGAGCCUCAGAACGGCGACUUCUUGGUGCUUGCCACCGACGGUCUAUGGGAGAUGCUGACCAACGAGGAAGUGGUAGGCCUUGUGGGCCAGUGGAUUGAGUCGGAAGGCAAGCGUGGCGCUAGCUCACAGUUUGAAAAUGCUUGGGCCAAGAUCUUUGGCUCUGCUAACAAGCCGCUCCCCGUGGAGGAGAGCAAGACGGGCAAUGGCGAGGGCCAGAAGACACCUAUCCGCGUUCAGCAAUGGGGACUUAACCCGGAAGCCAAGGACCGCUUUGUCGUCAAGGACAAGAACGUUGCUACUCAUUUGGUGCGCAAUGCCCUCGGCGGCACUAAUGAGGACCAGAUGCGAGCCCUUCUCACUCUUCCUGCACCUUUUGCGCGAAGAUACCGUGAUGACUUGACAGUGCAGGUCAUCUUCUUUGGUAACGGCGAGAAGACGGGCGAGGUCUCGGUCAACCAUGAAGCUACUGCUGGCAAUGAGAUCCCUAAACCCAAGCUCUAA